AUAAAUAAUUUUAACAGCAAAGAUGACAGCUUGCUUAAUGUAAACAACUGUUUUUUGUGAUAAUAUUAAAAUAGAUGUAAUGCUUAAUAAAUUUAAUAAAGAAUAAUUAUGGCUCAGAAGUAUUUAUACGAGAAACCCUUUAAAGAUCGAAGAUGCUUCAACCAGAGAAAGCGAGAAUCCGAAUCAAUUUCUGCUAAGUAUCCUGAUAAAGUUCCUUUGAUCAUUGAAAGAUAUAAAUCAGAGAAAGCCUUACCAGUUCUUGAAAAAAUGAAAUAUCUUGUUCCUUCUGAUAUGACAGUUGGUAUGCUCUCCAAUGUGAUUAGAAAACGUUUACAGUUAAACUCGAGCCAGUCGUUAUUUUUGUUAAUUAACAGUCGAAAUAUUUGUUCUAGCUCCUUAACUUUACUUGAUGUUUAUCGUGAAGAAAAAGAUGAAGAUGGUUUUUUAUAUAUUGUAUACGCAUCUCAAGAAGUAUUUGGUUCUUACAUUAAUUUUUAAAGAUUUCUUUAUAUACAAACUUUAAUGAAAUUAGAAAGAUCAUAAAUACCUUUUUAGGAAAUUCUUA